AUUCCGUAAAUCGAGAAGGGAUUUACUCCAAAGAGGCAGGACAGGACUGCAUCGAAGCGGCUGCGCGCUUGCAAUGAAACUGCGCUGUGAAGAUCUGCAGUGCUUUAGAGUUGCAUACGUCUCAAAUUUACGGUGCAGAGUCUGUAAUACAUAAGCUGGCAGGAUGGUGGCGCUGUCUCUGAAGAUCUGUGUGAGACAGUGUAAUGUAGUGAAGACGAUGCAGUUUGAGCCGUCAACGGCUGUGUAUGAUGCGUGCCGGGUCAUCAGAGAGAGGGUUCCAGAAGCCCAGACGGGUCAAGCUUCAGAAUAUGGGCUGUUUCUAUCAGACGAAGACCCCAGGAAAGGCAUCUGGCUGGAAGGAGGCCGGACACUGGACUAUUAUAUGCUGAGAAAUGGCGACAUACUGGAGUAUAAGAAAAAACAGAGACCUCAGAAGAUAAAAAUGCUGGAUGGAGCAGUGAAGACCAUCAUGGUGGAUGAUUCCAAAACUGUGGGAGAGCUGCUUGUCACCAUCUGCAGUAGAAUAGGAAUCUCAAACUAUGAAGAGUACUCUCUGAUUCAGGAGGUGGUGGAGGAGAAGAAAGAUGAAGGCACUGGCACACUGAAGAAAGACAGAACUCUACUGAGGGAGGAGAGGAAGAUGGAGAAGCUCAAAGCCAAACUGCACACAGAUGAUGACUUAAAUUGGCUGGAUCAUGGACGCACAUUCAGGGAACACGGAGUCGAGGAAAGCGAAACUCUGCUGUUGAGACGAAAGUUUUUCUACUCUGAUCAAAACGUGGACUCACGAGAUCCUGUGCAGCUCAAUCUGCUCUACGUACAGGCACGUGACGACAUUCUGAAUGGUUCUCAUCCCGUGUCGUUUGACAAGGCUUGUGAAUUUGGUGGAAUUCAAGCUCAGAUCCAGUUCGGGCCUCAUAUAGAACAUAAACACAAAUCUGGAUUUCUGGACUUGAAGGAAUUUCUACCUAAGGAAUACAUCAAACAGAGAGGUGCAGAGAAGAAGAUCUUUCAGGAACAUAAGGCUUGUGGGGAAAUGACAGAGAUUGAAGCCAAAGUGAAAUAUGUGAAGCUUGCGAGAUCCCUCAGAACAUAUGGAGUGUCUUUCUUCUUGGUGAAGGAAAAAAUGAAAAGUAAAAAUAAGCUGAUCCCAAGACUGCUGGGUAUUACCAAAGAAUCAGUGAUGAGAGUGGAUGAGAAAACCAAAGAUGUGGUUCAGGAAUGGCCACUUACUACAGUAAAAAGAUGGGCCGCCUCACCUAAGAGCUUUACACUGGAUUUCGGAGAGUAUCAGGAGAGCUACUACUCUGUUCAGACCACUGAGGGGGAGCAGAUAUCUCAGCUUAUAGCUGGUUACAUCGAUAUCAUUCUCAAGAAGAAACAAAGCAAGGACCACUUUGGUUUAGAGGGAGAUGAGGAGGCCACCAUGUUAGAGGAAUCAGUUUCUCCGAAAAAAUCUACUAUAUUACAGCAGCAGUUUAACCGUGUCGGGCAAGCAGAGCAGGGCUCUGUGGCAUUGCCUGGGAUCUUGAGGUCCGGUUCUGUUGGCACAGAAACUCUGAACAUGGGUACCAUGCCCUCUCCACAGCAACAUAUCACCACUGGACAGAUGCAUCUUGGACAUAUGCCACCACUGAGUGCAGCCCAGCAGGCUCUUGUGGGAACCAUUAACACCAGUAUGCAAGCGGUGCAGCAGACACAGACAGACCUAGAGGAGGUGGAAGAGCUGCCACCACUGGGAGAUGAUAUGGCUUCUAAAUUGUGGAUUCAGAACAAGAUGGAUGAGUCCAAGCAUGAUAUUCACUCUCAGGUGGAUGCCAUUACUGCUGGAACUGCCUCUGUGGUUAAUCUUACUGCUGGGGACCCGACAGACACCGAUUAUACAGCAGUAGGAUGUGCCAUAACCACCAUCUCAUCUAAUCUGACGGAGAUGUCAAAAGGUGUGAAGCUGCUGGCGGCUCUGAUGGAGGAUGAGGUUGGCAGUGGGCAGGACCUCAUGAGGGCCGCCAAGACCCUCACUGGAGCUGUAUCUGACCUGCUUAAAGCUGUGGAGCCUACAUCAGGAGAGCCACGACAGACGGUUCUGACUGCAGCCGGCAGCAUCGGUCAAGCCAGUGGAGAUUUGCUUAGACAGAUUGGAGAGAAUGAAACAGACGAGCGCUUCCAGGAUGUGCUAAUGAACCUAGCUAAAGCCGUGGCAAAUGCAGCAGCCAUGAUGGUUCUGAAGGCCAAGAAUGUGGCACAGGUUUCUGAAGACAGCGUCCUGCAGAACAGGGUUAUUGCAGCUGCGACCCAGUGCGCCCUCUCCACUUCCCAACUAGUGGCCUGUGCCAAGGUUGUGAGCCCUACUAUCAGCUCCCCUGUGUGUCAAGAGCAGCUGAUAGUAGCAGGGAAGCUGGUGGAUCGUUCAGUGGAAGGUUGUGUGAAGGCCUGUCUGUCAGCUACCAGUGAUGGAGAGCUUCUGAAGGCCGUCAGCGCAGCAGCUGGUAUCGUCUCACAGGCUCUCAGUGACCUACUUGCACAUGUGAGGAACUACGCCACACGCGGGGAACCCAUUGGACGAUACGACCAGGCCAUGGACACCAUCAUGACAGUUACAGAGAGUAUUUUCUGCAGCAUGGGUGACGCUGGUGAGAUGGUACGACAGGCACGGGUUCUUGCCCAGGCGACCUCUGACCUGGUGAAUGCCAUGAGAUCAGAUGCUGAGGUGGAAGUGGAUGUCAACAACUCCAGGAAGCUUCUCACGGCUGCCAAACUGCUCGCAGAUGCCACUGCUGGAAUGGUUGAGGCUGCAAAGGGGGCUGCUGCAUACCCUGAAAAUGAAGACCAGCAGCAGAAGCUCCGGGAGGCUGCGGAGGGCUUACGUGUGGCCACUAAUGCUGCUGCACAAAACGCCAUUAAGAAGAAACUUAUAACAAGACUGGAGAACGCUGCUAACCAAGCUGCUGCUGCUGCAACUCAAACCAUUGCAGCAUCCCAGAAUGCAGCAGCCUCUAACAAGAACACUGCUGCCCACCAACAACUUGUUCAAAGCUGCAGGGCUGUAGCUGACCAUAUUCCUCAGCUGGUACAGGGAGUGAGGGGCAGUCAGGGGCAGCCAGAGGAUGGUAGUGCCCAACUUGGCCUCAUCAUUGCCUGUCAGAACUUCCUUCAGCCUGGAAGUAAGAUGGUGUCUUCAGUAAAGUCGUCUGUGCCGACUGUGACGGAUCAGGCAGCAUCCAUGCAGCUUGGACAGUGUGGAAAGAAUCUGGCCACCUGCCUGGCUGAACUCCGCACUGCUGCACAGACGGCUUAUGAGGCGUGUGGCCCCAUGGAGAUCGACUCUGCCCUUAUAGCUGUGCAGACGCUGAAGAAUGAACUCCAGGACGCUAAAAUGGCAGCAUCCGAGAGGCUGCUGAAAGCUUUACCUGGAGAAUCGUUGGAAAAAUGUACUCAGGAUCUGGGCUGCACAUCUAAGGCUGUUGGUUCCUCAAUGGCCCAACUGCUUACCUGUGCAGCACAGGGAAAUGAGCAUUACACAGGUGUAGCUGCCAGCGAAACUGCCCAGGCUCUUAAGACAUUAGCACAGGCUGCGAGGGGUGUUGCUGCCACCACAUCAGACCCCGCUGGAGCCGCAGCCAUGUUUGAUUCAGCUUGCGAGGUUAUGGAAGGAUCAGCUAAAUUAAUUUCUGAAGCCAAGGAGGCGCUGGUUGCUCCUGGUGAUGCAGAGGUACAACAGAGGCUAGCGCAGGUAGCAAAGUCUGUGUCCCACUCACUGAAUGCAUGUGUGAACUGUCUGCCUGGACAAAAGGAUGUUGAUAUGGCUCUGAAAAGCAUCGGCGAAGCCAGCAAAAAACUACUUGUAGAGACGCUUCCUCCCUGCAGUAAGAGCUUCCAGGAGGCUCAGAGUGACCUGAACCAGACUGCAGCCGAUCUGAACCAGUCUGCAGGUGAUGUGGUCCAUGCCUCUAGAGGGACCACUUGCCGGCUUGCAGAUGCUUCUGGAAAGUUCAGUGAAGACUUUGAUGAGUUUCUGGAUGCUGGUAUUGAGAUGGCUGGCCACACCCAGAGUAAGGAUGAUCAAAUGCAGGUGAUUGGGAAUUUGAAGAACAUCUCAAUGGCCUCCAGUAAGCUUCUGUUGGCUACCAAGUCUUUAUCUGUGGACCCUGCAGCAGGCAAUGCAAAGAACCUGCUCGCUGCUGCUGCCAGAACAGUGACUGACAGCAUCAAUCAGCUGAUUACACUGUGUACCCAGAAUGCCUCAGGACAAAGGGAAUGUGACAAUGCUCUAAGAGAGCUUGAGGCUGUUAGGGGCCUGCUGGAUAACCCAAAUGAGCCAGUCAAUGAUCUCUCUUACUUUGACUGCAUUGAAAGCGUCAUGGAGAACUCUAAGGUACUUGGUGAGUCUAUGGCCGGGAUCUCUCAUAACUGCAAGACAGGAGAUGUUCCAGCGUUUGGAGACUGUGUGGGUGGAGCCUCUAAAGCUCUGUGUGGUCUGACCGAAGCAGCUGGACAGGCUUCUUACCUAGUGGGUGUUUCUGACCCCAACAGCCAGGCCGGACACCCUGGCUUAGUGGAUCCUAUCCAGUUUGCUCAUGCUAAUCAGGCAAUCCAGAUGGCUUGCCAAAAUCUUGUUGACCCAGAUAAUAGUCCUUCACAGGUGCUGUCAGCUGCCACCAUUGUUGCAAAGCACACCUCAGCGCUGUGUAAUGCUUGCCGACUGGCCUCUUCUAAGACUGCCAACCCUGUGGCUAAAAGACACUUCGUGCAGUCAGCCAAAGAAGUGGCCAACAGCACAGCCAGCCUGGUCAAAACAAUCAAGGCACUGGACGGAGAUUUCUCAGAGGAAAACCGCGAGAAAUGUCGAAUUGCUACAGCGCCACUCAUUGAAGCUGUUGAUAAUCUAACCACGUUUGCUUCCAAUCCGGAGUUUGCUAGUGUUCCUGCACAGAUAAGUAGAGAGGGCUCAGCUGCACAGGAGCCAAUCAUCCAGUCAGCACGCUCCAUGCUUGACAGUUCCAGCCAUCUUUUGAAGACUGCUAGGUCUUUGGUUAUGAACCCUAAAGAUCCACCAACCUGGUCAUUACUGGCAAGCCAUUCACGCAACGUGUCAGACUCCAUCAAGAGCCUCAUCAUGGCUAUCAGGAAUAAAGCCCCUGGCCAGAAGGAAUGUGACUCUGCCAUUGAAAAUAUUAAUAAAUGCAUUCAAGAUAUUGAGCAGGCCUCUCUUGCAGCUGUCAGCCAAAAUCUUUCUCGUAGAGACGAAGUUUCUUCUGAGGCUUUGCAGGAGCAGUUAACAUCAUCUGUUCAGGAGGUGGGUCACCUGAUUGAGCCGUUUUACACCGCAGCAAAAGGAGAAGCAUCCCAGCUGGGACAUAAGGUCUCUCAGUUGGUCAGUUACUUAAAUCCUCUGGUCUCAGCUUCUAUGGGCAUGGCAUCCAAAAUCUUGGAUCAUCAGCAGCAGAUGAACCUUCUGGAUCAGACCAAGACUCUCACUGAGUCUGCUCUGCAAAUGCUGUACGCUGCCAAAGAAGGUGGUGGAAACCCGAAGGCGGCUCAUACCCAUGAUGCCAUUGAAGAAGCUGCACAGUUAAUGAGGGAAGCUGUUGAUGAUCUCUUGCUGACCCUGAAUGAAGCUGCUUGUGAGGUUGGCUUGGUCAGCGGCAUGGUGGAUUCGAUUGCUGAAGCCAUGGGCAAGUUAGGUGAAGGUACCCCACCAGAACCAGACGGUUCAUUUGUGGAGUAUCAGACCUCCAUGGUGAGACACUCCAAAGCUAUUGCUGUCAGUGCACAGGAGAUGAUCACUAAAUCAGUGAGUGCUCCGGAGGAUCUAGGCAGUUUGGCAUCUCAUAUCACUGCAGACUACAGUCAGCUUGCCAUUCAGGGAUGCCUGGCUGCCUCUACUGCUGAACCAGAGGAGAUCGGCGUCCAGAUAAAGACACGAGUGCAGGAACUGGGGCAUGGCUGUAUUGUGCUCGUUCAGAAGGCUGGAGCGCUGCAGAUCAGUCCAUCUGACUCGUUCACCAAGAGAGAACUUAUUGAGUGCGCACGAACUGUCACUGAGAAGGUGUCCAUGGUGCUUUCAGCAUUGCAUGCUGGUAAUAAGGGCGCUCAAGCCUGUAUCACUGCAGGCAGUGCUGUAUCAGGCAUCAUCGCUGACCUGGACUCCACCAUUAUGUUUGCUUCUGCUGGCACACUCAAUGCUGAGAACGAUUCAGACUCCUUCGCUGAUCACAGAGAGAAUAUUCUGAAGGCAGCCAAAGUGCUGGUGGAGGACACCAAGAACCUUGUUUCAGGUGCAGCAUCAAGUCAAGAGAAGCUGGCCCAGGCAGCCCAGUCUUCUGCCAAGACCAUCACUCACCUUACAGAUGUGGUGAAAUUGGGAACGGCCAGCAUUGGCCCGGAUGACCCAGAAACACAGGUGGUGCUGAUCAACGCAGUGAAGGAUGUUGCCAAAGCUUUAGCUGAGCUCAUUCGUGCCACCAAGUGUGCAGCAGGAAAAGCAACAGAUGACCCCUCCAUGUUCCAACUUAAGAGUGCAGCCAAGUUGUCCUUCAGAAAUCUGGCUGCACGGAUGGAAAUGUCUCCUAACUCAGAUAUGAGUAAAAGUGUUCUGGUUAUGGUAACUAAUGUAACAUCCUUACUGAAAACGGUGAAGGCAGUGGAGGAUGAGGCUUCAAGAGGAACCAGAGCUCUGGAAGCCACUAUCGAGUGCAUCAAACAGGAACUCACAUUGUUUCAAUCUAAAGAAGCCCCUGAGAUAUCAACCUCUCCAGAGGAGUUCAUUCGCAUGACAAAGGGCAUCACUACAGCAACCGCCAAAGCAGUUGCAGCAGGAAAUUCUGCUAGACAGGAAGAUGUCAUCUCCACAGCGAACCUCAGCCGCAAGGUCAUAGCUGAUAUGCUGAUCACAUGCAAGCAAGCGGCAUAUCAUGAGGAAGUAAGUAAGGAGGUCAGAAACAGAGCUCUGUUAUACGGCACUGAAUGUACCAAUGGAUAUAUAGAGCUCUUAGAACAGGUCCUACAGGUCUUACAAAAGCCAACAGGAGAUCAGAAACCAAAAUUGGUGAUGUUCUCUAAAAAGGUUGCUGCAGCUGUCACUGAACUGAUUCAAGCAGCAGAGGCCAUGAAAGGCACUGAAUGGGUUGACCCUGAGGAUCCUACUGUGAUCGCUGAAACAGAGUUAUUGGGAGCUGCAGCCUCAAUUGAAGCAGCUGCCAAGAAACUAGAGCAGCUCAAACCAAGAGCCAAACCAAGGCAAGCUGAUGAGAGUUUAGACUUUGAAGAGCAGAUACUUGAGGCAGCCAAAUCUAUUGCUGCAGCAACCAGCGCUCUUGUAAAAUCAGCUUCAGCAGCUCAGAGAGAACUCGUAGCCCAGGGCAAGGUGGGAGCCAUACCUGCCAAUGCUGUGGAUGAUGGACAGUGGUCCCAAGGGCUUAUAUCUGCUGCUCGCAUGGUUGCUGCAGCCACCAGUAGCCUCUGUGAGGCAGCGAACGCGUCAGUCCAAGGUCAUGCCAGUGAAGAAAAGCUCAUCUCUUCUGCCAAACAAGUGGCUGCUUCCACUGCACAGCUGCUGGUGGCGUGCAAGGUUAAAGCUGAGCAGGAUUCAGAGGCUAUGAGGAGGCUACAGGCUGCAGGCAAUGCUGUGAAACGGGCCUCUGACAGUCUGGUUCGAGCGGCCCAGAAAGCUGCUUUCAACAAGGCGGAUGAUGAUAACGUGGUGGUCAAGACCAGGUUUGUUGGAGGAAUCGCUCAGAUUAUUGCUGCUCAGGAAGAGAUGUUGAGGAAAGAGAGGGAACUGGAAGAGGCCCGUAAGAAGCUGGCACAGAUCAGACAACAGCAGUACAAGUUCCUGCCAAGCGAACUCCGAGAGGAUGAGGACUAAACAGAAAUGCUGGCUUCCCUUUCAUCAAUUUCUCCACCAAUUGUUUUUGCCUUCAGGACACAGAUGAACCUCUCUAUCGUGCAGUCCAAGCGUCACCUACUGAAUUGAUAAAGGGUUAUUGAUUCAGAGAAUAUUUUAAUAUUUAAACUCUUGAAAAUUUGAAACCGUGACCGUCUUGUCUCUUGUACCAUGAAUGUGUUCAUGCCUCCUCUACACCAUCAUGAAGAAGCUUUGCAUUUCAGGCAUGAAUCUGAACUUGUGAAUGGGUGCAUGAAGACUUUGGAAGCACAUAACUGUCUGCUCAGAACAGCCAGAAUUACACGUUUGAGACUGCAUUGAGGAAGAAAUGCAUGAAAUCUGUUUGAUCUCAUUUAUUAAAACAGCAUUUUUAGGGUUUCAGACAAGGUGCAGACUUUAAUAUUUACGUCAUUUAACAUCAAGAUGAAAAGAAACCUAACUGUUAGAGACUCCAGUUGAAUGUUUAACAUUUGUACAUUUGUAAUGGUGGGAUACUUUUUUUCUAUGUUUUAUUUUCAUUGCUGCGAUGUUCGAAAAGUAUACAAAUAAACUAUAUUUAUAUAGACAAACAAAAGUGAGUAAAUAUGCAAUGUAAAACAAAUCCACUCCGAAUAGGAGUCUAAAAUGCAUUUUCUCCAAUGAAUUUUUCUUGCUGCCCAUGUGCAUUAUGAGAAUGUAAUGACAGGAUGUGAUUCAUGUAUUAAAUCUGGAGAAAGACCAUACUAACCUCAGAAGUACUGUGAAAGUUACACCUCUAACCCCCUAAAACCUUAAAAAAAUUACGUUAUACCACAACAAAAUAUUGAAUAAAAUCCAAUACUUUUUUAAAAUCCAUACUGAUUGUAUGCUCAGUUAUAAAAUAAUUGCUUCUGUUUGUUGUCUGUGGGCACAAAGACAGGGCUGAAUGAAUGUGUUGUACUUCUUCAUGCAGAGCCUGACCUACUGUAACUCAAACAUUUAUACAGGAGGCUUUUCUUCUCGUACUGAAAUUCUUGGCCACUUCAGUAUUUUACAGUGCUGUUUGUAGCUGCUUUGAGUAUUUUUCUUUUUUUACGCACAUCCUCUAAAUUUUCAAAGCCAUUUGAUGCUGAUACAACUUUCUAAUUUUUUAGCCUUAUGCUCUAGCAUGUCACUUUUAUGCUUGUAUUUUUGUCAUGCAACCCUGGAAAUCUAUUCUCAGUGCUUUAUUUCUGUACUACAGCAAGUCUUCUGUGUCUGGCUUUAUGAACAUUUAGUUUCAGUGCCUUAGUUUAUCAUUGUCAAAUUAACGUAUCAGUUCUCUGACUGUAGGAGACGAGGUCUGGUGUCUAUAUUCUGAUGUGCAUUCACCAUUUUGUGUGUGU